UCGGUUUAGGCCCGGAGAAGGGUUUUCGGGUUUUUAGGGCAAGAACCAGAAGGAUUUAUCAAUGGAAGUGGCAGCAGCAAUGGAGAUUCUAACUGAGGAGAGUGACGAAGUAGAGAUAUACAGUGAACCCAUUCUCUGUAAGGAAAAGGCAGAGGAGCUUCUAGCCCUAAUUAACUUGCCCAAAGGACUUCUGCCAUUGAAGGAUUUGGAAGAAGUUGGGUAUAAUAAAACAAAGGGUUUUGUGUGGUUGAAGAUGAGAAACAAGAUUGAGCAUAAAUUCCGAGCAAUAGGCCGGAAAGUAUCGUAUGACACAGAGAUCACGGCCUUUGUCGAGGACGGUAGGCUGAGGAGACUUACCGGAAUCAAGGCGAAGGAGCUCAUGAUUUGGGUUCCCGUUCACGAUAUCUUCAUCAACAAGCAGGAUCCCGGGAAGAUCACGUUCUCUAAUAUCACUGGCCUGUCAAGAACAUUUAAAGUUUCAGCCUUUGAGAGCGAAGACUGAGAAAAAGAGGGUUAUGAUCAGCAGAAAGGGAAUGUAUACAAUUUCAGGGUUUGUAUACUAAGAUUGGGAUACCAUACGUUCUUA